CGAGGAAAUUGCAUUACUAUGUGCCCAAAAAAUGGUGCAGAUUCUAGCUGAGAAACAUCCAUGCGUACGCUAAUCCAGAGUCCAGCAGCCACAGUGGAGACCUGUUGGAUUUCAGACCAGGGCCAGAACUAGAGCAGAAUGGAGCAAAACAACCGGAACCCGGAGCAGCAAAGCAGCAACGUCUCCAGAAGACGAGCAGCAGGCUCGGCCUCGGAUACCACCGAUGUGCAGAAACAAAGAGGAAGAGGGGGACUCGGAUGUCAUAGCUGUGAGCACUGUGACAAGUCCUUCAGAACAGCUACAAAUUUAAAGAUUCAUCGGAGAGUUCACACUGGAGAAAAACCGUACAUCUGUGACAAAUGUGGGAAAACGUUUUCUCGGAGUGGUAACUUAAAAAACCACUACCGCAUUCACACUGGAGAGAAACCAUACAGCUGUGGCGAAUGUGGGAGAACUUUUUCUUCUAGUACUACCCUAAACAACCAUCAACGCAUUCACACAGGAGAGAAACCGUACAGCUGUGACCUAUGCAAGAGAAGGUUUUCUCGGAGCGGUCACCUUAAAGGCCACCAACGCAUUCACACUGGAGAGAAACAUACUGAUCUAAAGUACUGGUGUGACCAGUGUGGGGCAGCGUUCACAAGUUUAGGUGGCUUCAAAAUUCAUCACCGCAUUCAUACAGGAGAGAAACCGUACAGCUGUGACCAAUGUAGUGCAGUUUUUAGACUGUCAGGUAGCUUCAAAAUGCAUCAACGCAUACACACAGGGGAGAAACCGUACAGAUGUAUCCAAUGUGGUGCAGCUUUUGCACGGUCAGACAGCUUCAAAACCCAUCAACGCAUUCACACUGGAGAUAAACCUUACAGGUGUGACCAAUGUGAUGCAGCAUUCGUACAGUUGAAUCACUUGAAAGUCCAUCAACGCAUUCAUACUGGAGAGAAACCCUACAGCUGUAACCUAUGUGGCAAAAGUUUCACCAAUCAAAGUAACCUAAAGUCCCACCAACGUGUUCAUUCUGCAAAGAAAUGAGCUGUCAAUUGCCGACAAUCAAAAUGGUUUCUAAUUGGUUAAUAUUUGGAAUACGUUUUAUUUGGAUACUUUUUUAGUUUUGGAAUAGCUGUGACAAUUUACAAAAACAAUUUCUUCCUCAAAUAUGAGUUUGUUUAUGUGAAUUCUUACUGCUAAUAGUACUUAGUGGUGAAACGAUCCAUGGUCUGUACGGAUCUACACUCACGGUCGGAAUGCAUGCUCUGUGAAGGUUUGCUGUGAAAAGAUACAGGCAACGCAAUGUCUGUUCACGUGAACGUCGCAUGUUAAAAUCUGGUGCUAAUAUGGCACCGGUGCCUGGUAUCUAUAGGACGGCAUUGCAACACAGAUUUCAGUGCCUCAUUUUGGUGCCAUUUCAAUGUUUGUGCUGCUCUCUGAUCCCCCGAAACCAACGUUAGAAGCAACAGAAGCAUCGCUGCAAAGUCGCGCUAGUUAACAUUAACAUUAGUGUUACGCUUGGCGGCAGGUAACUUGGAUGUUAACCUACAGAAGCUAGUAGCUGGAUUAAACACGGUUAAAAUGUUGACAGCUAAAUGGUGUAAAAGUGUGAUUGUAUGUCACUGUGGAGGUUUCCAACACUGGGACGUCUGCCGCUAAAACUGAGCUAAAAGACACAAACUAGCACUUGGUCACUGCUGAAUAACAACACUGACGUGACUAAAUGGUGCGUUUACUUGAAACUGGUAUACCUCAUGGUGCAUUCAAAGUUAUUGUAAAAUACCACUUUCUCGUCUGUUUUUGUCCUCCAACACCAAUUUAUUGGUGAAAUAACUAAUUGUUAAAAGUUAUUAUUACAUUUGUAAUAAGUCAUUUACAUUCCCCCCCUUUUUUGCUAAUCCGAAAAUGUAUCCGAUGCUUGACUCAAGAUGUUAAUCCGAUCUGAUCUGUUGGUUUUGUGAUCCGUUGCACCUCUAAUUAUCUGUAACCAGUGUUGGCAGCUAAUGUUAGCUAACUAACGUUAACUUUAGUCAGCGGCCAUUAGCAAUCGGUCCCUCCAUAACUCAUGUUUUAGUUAAUGUAAUAAAGAUCUUAAUAUUGCAACUAAUCUGCCUUGCUCAGUAACUUCGGGAACAUUGACAACUACGAUUUUCAUUUUGCAAAACAAUAAAUUAUGUAUUCAUUAACCAUU